CGGGCGAGCGGCAGCGCUACAGGUUGACGGUGGGCGGGUACUCCGGGACGGCAGGUGAUGCUCUGCGGUUCAGCAAAAGCUCAGCGUGGAUCCAUCGGACUCCUCCGCUGCUGCGGGUCGUUGACUGUCAGCCGCAGAUGUCCCACAGCCUCCCGGUGUCCUCUGCUACCUUCGCGGUCGUGUUCUAGUUCACCGAAACACCAAGCUUUGCGGCGGUGGGCUCUGUCGGUCAGCCCCUUUACCACAGUGAGGGCCCAGUUARCCUGCAACAUCACCAUCCACCCGCUGGACCCACACGCCUAUCCUGAGGCUGACCGAGCCUUCAUCACAGUCCGCGGUCCGAACAGCGACCAAAUGGACCACCUACAGGUCCACUAUGACGAGCAGAGCCAGGAGCUACUGAUCUCCACUCAGAAGGUCAACAGUGACGUCACGAUUGAGGUGGACGCACCCAUCAAAAGUAAUCUGUUCAUCACUACUGAAGGAAAAGGAAACGUAGAGGUGAAGAAGAUGGAGUGUGAGAUCUGCCAAGUACAAACACACCAGGGAAAUUGUUUACUUCAUUCUGUCAAGAGUCAUCGGGUUGAGGUGCGGUCCCACGGUGGACACGUUACAGGUGUGGGUACAAUCCAUGGCAAUGUGGACAUCAGUACAACAGGAGACAGUGUGGUGAAUGUUAAAAAGCUCCAGGGCACAACAAUGAACGUUUCAACAGAGAACGGGUCUCUUCAUGCCAAAGCCAUCUAUGCUGAGUCCAUCUGUGUGUUCUCCUGCUCAGGACGGGUUGAGCUGGGACAUGUGCACGGGAACACUACAGUGAAGAACGUGUCUGGAGAUWCAGUUAUUGAUGGUUCGAAUAGUUUCCUGAAAGUUUCCUCUAACAGUGGAGAUGUUGAUGCUUAUGUGGGAGAUGGUGGCUCUGCUGAACUCCACAGUCAGGAAGGAGCGGUGAGCGUGCGCGUCUCGCCCUUGUUAAGAGUUGGCGUGAAUCUUUGUGGAGCGUCGGUGGAUGUUAGCCCGGAGGUGGUUCUGCACGGAGCGGAAAAGAACACUUCCGACGGCUGCRCCACGCUUACAGGCUGUCUGAACGGAGAGUUUCCAGCUGACCAGUGGGUCAAAGCUCGGGCCGACAGAGGACCAGUCACACUCAGGACACAAAGCUGGUUCGAGUCUCUGAAACUAGGAAGCUAGAAGACAUGUUUCAUAACUGUUUGAUGCCGUCACUCCCCCCUGGGCUUUAUUUUUUUAAAUCCAAAACAAAUAUAACUGAACGUUAUUAGAUGACACAACUCUGUGCUCAGAAUGUUCUGUACAGAAUUUUAUUUUUAACAGAGUAACAAUUUAUUUAUGUUCUUUCUACAGUUACUGUGCAUUUGAUGGCCUCAAACUGUGACAUUGUUUACUUAUAAAAUAAGACUCUGCUUAAUGGAAGUCAAUCAUUUAAACAUUCUUGUCAGUGAAUAAUUACAAUUUUAAACAUAA